UCUAACUUCCGUCUAUAAUGAUAGAAUAAGAUUGUCGAGUCUAUAAAUCUGUUGUUUGGGAAUCCCAGUGGUCUCAUCAAGUCUGAUAUCAAAGUAACAGAAUCGAUUUUUCUUUUCGCAAAAAAAAAAAAGCAUCCACAAUUUACGAUACGAAGAUUAAGUCACGCCGCUCUGGGUUGUGUAAUAUUUGAUUGGAUACAGUGUUUAUGUCGACCAAAGUGUGGGAUCCUUGCCUGUGUGUUUAAUGGUUUUUGGUCUCUAAUUGUGAUAUUGGAUCCGCCUUCCCGAUGCCCAGGCGCGUACAUCCCAAUGAUCGGCCGGAGAACCGGGAUCCCAAUAACCUCAACCCACAACUUCAGUUGGGCGUUGAAGACGUCCUAGGGGAGGGGCCCGGUGCACGGAGCAUAGAAGUUGUCUGGGUUUGUUCCAAGGAAUUCUACUCUUUCUUUCACAGCUGUUGCUAUGGUUUCAUCACCCUGUUUACUGCGCCCUUUAUCGCCAUUUUCUGGGGCCUCGGUUUUGCCUGCACGGCGUUUGAUCAUAUUUGGUGUUUGACGCCCAUCUUCAAGAACACCACCAUAUGUUGUGGGAGUAUAAUACCGCGCUGUAUCCACAGUAUAUUAGACUGUUGUAUUACCCCCUGGACUAAUGCAUGUGGAGGCAUUUUCGUGGCAUUUCACAAAGACAUACCGGAAGUGGUGGUUAUUAGACCCAAACCGAGGCAAACUAAAUCGGUGUCACGUGACAAGAAAAAUGAAGACGAAAAUAACAAACCAGACGACGAGAAAAAUAAAGCUUUUAUUGCGGCCCCGGUUGUCGUGCGUGAAUCAAGUUAUUUUGGAGGAAAUCAAAUGCAGGCAAACAAGUCAAUACAACGCCAGUUAGCACUGUACCAGUAAUGUUGUAACCAAAAUGACGUCAUAAUGUACAAAUAUGACCUCAGUAGUCCAGAACAAGUCUACAAUUUCGUAAUCAAACAUAUACUGCUAAUGGGAUUCCGCACUGAAUAUAUGACAGCAAUCACAUAAAUUUAAAAGUCAAUCUACUGACUGAUUACAUUGUAUUUGUGUGGUCAUUGUAAUUCUUCUGUGUCUUGAAAGGACUUUAACAUCAUAAAAGAAAUACUAGUAUUGUUAAUGAUCAUCAAUGACCAUGAUAAGAAAUUCUAUUCUUCAUGUACAUCAUGAUAUUCUCUGAGGUAAUGAAAUUUAUACCCGACGCGUUCGAUUAUAUUGUCAUAAUCAUCAAAGAGACGGACCACAUGUAUGGUGCGUUCCAUUGGAUUGUCAUAAGCAUUGAAAUGGCGAACCUAGUAUAGAACACUUUCGAUUAUAUUGUCAUAAUCAUUGCAAAGGCCGGCCUAAUAUAGAACGCAUUCGAUUCUAUUGUCAUAACCAUUGAAAAGACGGACCAUACAUAUGAUGCGUUCGAUUAGAUUGUCAUAAUCAUGGAAAAUGCGAACCUAAAAUGUGAUGCAUUCGAUUGUUUUGCCAUAAGUAUUGAAAUGGCGAACCUAAUACAGUACACGUUUGAUUCUAUUGUCAUGACCAUUGAAAAGGCGUUACAAAUAUGUGACACAUUCUAUUGUUCAUAAUCAAUGAGAAGGUGGGCCAAAUAAAUGACGUGUUCGCUUUGACUGACAUAAUCAUUGAAAAGGCGGACCUGAUAGAGGGCGCGUUUGAUUCUAUUGUGACAAUCAAUCAAAGAGCGGAGUAAACGAUUGUGCUUUUAAAACUUGUUAUCUUGUACGUUCGAUUUUUCAAUCUUUAGUUUGUAUGUGUAAUUUAUUUCCUUGAACCGAGAGACUGAACAUGGUAUUUUAUUUAUGUUAUGUAGAUAGGAAAACCGGUCCAAUUCCGUGCCUUGUACAGCUGUAAACAGGAUAUUACAUUGUCUUAUGCAGGUUUUAAUCAUUGUCAUAUUCAUUUCUUUUAUGACCUGUUUUUAUUGUUUGUACGAGGUACAUUAGUACUGAAGUGUUUCCACGCUAUCACACUCACUCCCGCCUUUCUUUCGUCUGUGAUAUCAUUGAUCAGUAAAUGUUUUACAAUCUGGCA